CCAGGGCCCUCGAUGAGGAGCUGGGGAGAGGCCUGGGUCGCGCUCGGGGUGGGGGUGGGGAGAAAGGGGGACAAAAGGUGAAGGAAGCCCGCUGCCCCCCUAGGAGGACCCUUCGGAGCCUCGGGGUGGGGAGCAAGAGCAGAGAGUGGGUUCUGCUGAGGAAAGGGGUGUUCAGGCUUCACCUGGGAUCGUGUUAGAGGCCUCGGCCGUUCUUUCUAAGGGAAAAGAGGCCGUUGUUUCCCCGAAGGCGUGAUGACAGGUCCGGGGAGUGGGAGCAGGGGCCAAGGAAGAAGAGCUCCAAGGGAAAGUGAGCAGGCCCCUACCUUUCCCUACGUGAGGGGGCGGUAGGAAGACACCUCAGCCUCCAGAGGAGGUACUGAGAAGGGACCAGAUCUGUGAGGGAAUAAAAGAGGUUGGAGUACCUCCUGAUAUUAUAGGUAGAGAGCAAGGUAAUAUCGUAUGUUGGGGAGUGGGGAAAAUCUUGUUUUUGAGGACCGGGGAGAAGAUCUUGAUGGGGAGAAUACCCCAGUUUUCUAAAUAACAGGGGAAUUGACCUGGUGUCCCCUAAUUGAGAGGAAGGAGAGGUGAGGGUGGACUCUAACUUGGGAGUCCUCGAGUGUGAUCCACUCAGACUAAGGCAAGUCUUGACCUGGGGAAUCAAGGGAACGCUUGGCCAUCCAAAGAGCAGGAGGAGGCCUGCAUUCUCCUCUUAAGAUGAGAGAAGUUCAGAAACACUUCCUAAGGAACAGAAAGGGGCCUUGACGGGUGUUUGUUUAGAAGAACCAAAAAAUGAGAUUUUCUUCCUUAACCUGGAGGAUUAAGGAAAAGGAGGAUCAGAUAAUUCUAGUCUCACAGAAGAAUUGUUUUCUCUCUCCUUGCCUCUGCUAAUGGUUUCAAAAGUGCUUUUAGGAGACUAUUUCAUUAAAUGUUUGGACUGACUCCCCUGAUUUGUCAGCCUUUUAUCAAUUAUGUGUAUUUAAUGUCUACUGACGACACAUUUUUUCAUUAGUUGUUAGUCAACCAUUUGUUCAUAAUUACUUCAACACACACUGAAUAGGUAACUUGUACUCAACUUCAUUUGGUUAGUUUGGGCUGUAUUUUGGUCUUGUCCUAAGCAAAAUUCUCCUCAACUGUAGUAGGGUGACCCUUCACAAAACUCUUUUAUAUACAGUUGCUUCCCUAAACACCUACGUAGUAGUCAAUAUGCGACUUAUACCAACAUUCACUUCCUCUGGCUCUUUCACAGUGGUCCUGUGUAGUCAUCUUGUUGACUUCCUUACAUCUGGUAGCACCCUAGAUUACCUACUAAAUACAUGAGAAGAAACAAAGAAGGAAAAAAAAAAUCAAGGAGUUUUGGCCUUAAGUAGUAAUGAAGUUUUAAUUCACGGUCUACAAAAAUUACAGUGAAGUGUGGAAUAAAUACAUUUUGGGGUUAGAAAAUUUCAGGAUGUCUGGUAUUCCUGUCAUUCUUUUUCAUCUAUCAACUCUGAUGUUCCUAUGAUUAUGUGACAUUUGUGUGUACAUCUUGCCAUGUUUUAAAAAGUUUUCGGGGAGUGCCCGUCGUGGUGCAGCUGAAACGAAUCUGACUAGGAACCACAAGGUUGUGGGUUCGAUCUCUGGCUUCGCUCAGUGGGUUAAGGAUCCACCGUUGCCAUGAGCUGUGGUGUAGGUUGCAGAUGCGUCUUGGAUCUGGCGUUGCUGUGUUCUCUGAUUAGACCCCUAGCCUGGGAAUCUCCAUAUGAGAUGGGUGUGGCCCUAAAAAGACAAAAAAAAUUUUUUUUCAGGACACAAUGAAUUUAAUCCAGAUAUAUAAUUUCUUUAGUUUUUUGAUAGUUUAGGUGAGUAGUCAUAAUGCUUACUUUCAAGGUGUCUUUGCAAAUAACUGCAAAUAAUUCUUCCUUUUCACACAGGUUUGACAUAUUUCCUUUACAUGUGUCCGUCCUCCUAGAAUUACAGAGUAUUGUGUGAUUUCACAAUGAAUACUCUAAGGCCCCUUCCAUGAAAUACCCAAAGGAGCAACUCACUCAUCUUGCCCUUAGGAAUUUUUGUUACUAUAAACGAGAGCUACUUUUCAGUUUACAUUCAACUCAAAGAGAUGACCUUGCAAUUAGCCCGUGUAGUUUGUAGAGCUGGUUUCGGUUACUUGCUAGGAAUAUGGUAUUUAGGUUAAUAAGAGAUAUUCAGCCCUGGAGUUCCCUUCAUGGCUUAGCGGUUAACAAACCCAACUAGGAUCCAUGAAGAUACAGGUUCAAUCCCUGGCCUCGAUCAGUGGGUUGAGGAUCCUGCGUUGCUGUGAGCUGUGGUAUAAGUCGCAGACUCGGCUCGGAUCCUGUGUUGCUGUGGUUGUGGCAUAGGCCAGCAGCUGUAGCUUGGGAACUUGCAUAUGCUGCAGGUGUGGCCCUAAAAAGCAAAAAAAAAAAAAAAAAAAAAAAAUUCAACCCAGACUUGCUUCUCUAAAGAAUGUAAGAAUUGCCAUGUUGGAUCAGACCUGUGUCUUACUGACACUGGGAAACAUAUUGUGGAUGAUGAUAAUUAUCGUCUCUGAUAAACUCAGAAGAUUAGAGAAACAGCCAUAAAUUUCCUCUUGAGCUCCAAAGUGUGAGAGGGGUAAGGAGUAAAAUACAAGUUCCUAUUGAGGAAAAUGUUAAUCAGGAAGUUAGUCAACCACUUAUUCAGGGUAUUGUUGAGAGGACUCAACGUUAGGGUAGAAGGUUGAAACUAGAAGCAUCCUUCUAAUUCUGCUUCUCUAACCCAUUAAUUUACCUAUGUCAUUACUUUUUUAACAUUUAAACCACUUUUUUUGAAUUGAAUUCCCUACAGUUGUUACAUGCUAAAGUAUUACAUCUUUUAAAGUCAUUAAAUAUAUAACAGAAUAAUGCUUAACAACAAACAAGUGUCUGACAAAUGUUAGCUGUGUAUUUCAGUUCACCCUACAUUUUAAUGGUUCAAACUUUGAAGAUUUCUCUUAGUUCAAUUAUUCUACAAUUUGAUGGCAUUUUAUUCUUUAUCGUAUUCCUUUUGGCUUUUUCUAGACUCAGGGGUCCUAAUCAUUUAGGUUUUAUUGCUGGCAGCAAGCCAAACCAGUCUGUUGAUUCUUUUUUUCCUCCUAGUUUUAAACGUUUAAUUUAUAGAAGUUCACAUUGUAUGUUGAAAUAUCUUGCAGUUCCUUUUUUCCCUUCUGCUCUGUGACACUGUCACAUAUCUGUUUCCCUUCUGAAGUUCCUUAAGAACAGAUUAUCCAUUUUCAUUUCCAAGGAGCCUAAAUCUGUGUUGGAUGUAGAGUAGAGACUCAGUAAAUAUUUGAACUGGCUAUAAUGAUGCGUAAUAAGCAAGGCAGCUUAGCCUGAGCUUUUUAACAAAUUUAUAUCCCCUAAGUUUCUAAGGUAGAAAAUUCUAGAAGUCUUUUAGGGUAAAGUGAGUCACUCAUUGUACAAAAAUUUUUUACACACCUUCCAUGUGCUAGGUUUCCUUAGAAAGUUUUGUUGAUGGAAGUUGGAUAGUUGAAAACUCUUACACUCUGUGUCCUGGGCACUGAGCUAGCACAGGGGAGCCCAUUGAAAAAGAAAAGUUACGCUUGCUCUCCCAGGAUGUAGUCUGGCAGAGGAGGCUGACAUAGUGGGAUGAUGGUUGUGACAGGGGUACUACAGGCGUUGAAGGAGCAAGAACACCCUCUUGCUCCUUCAAUCCAGUUAAGGGGAGUUCCCGUCGCGGUGCAGUGGAAACAGAUCUGACUAGGAACCAUGAGAUUUCGGAUUCGAUCCAUGGCCUUGUUCAGCGAGUUAAGGAUCUGGCCUUGCCAUGAGCUGUGGUGUAGGUUGCAGAGACGAAGCUUGGAUCCUGUGGCUGUGGCAUAGGCCGGCGUCUGUAGCUCCGAUUGGACCCCCUAGCUUGGGAACCUCCACAUGCUUGGGUGUGGCCCUAAAAAGCAAAAAAAAAAAAAAUCCAGUUAAGGAAGUUUCAGACGGCCUCUCUGAGGAAGUGAUGUUUCAAAUAAGUCUCAAAAGUUCAGCAGUGACUAGCCAAAGAGGAAGGAAAAGAGAAUUCCAGGUAGAGCAAACAAGUAUGAAGGCUCAGGCCAGGAAAUAUGGGAUGUUUGAGAAGUUGGAAAAAAUUCAAUGGCAGGAGCCCACGAUGUGAGAGGAAAAACUGUGAGAAAUGAGGCUAGUAGAGUGGACGAGGGACAGAUUUGGGGCGGCGGGUUUGUAGCCAUGUCAGGGUGUUUGCACAUUAAUAGCAGCAAAGAGAAUGCACUGAAGGAUUUUUAAGUGGGGAAAUGACCUUUAGUAAGAUCACUUUGUCUGCUCUGUAGAUAAUGUGUUGGAGAUCAAGACCAGAGAUUAGGGUACUGAUGAGAAACAGCUGGAAAAAUCCAGGUACUAGUGUGGUAGCUCAGAAUGUGGUGGCAGCACAGAUGGAGAAGGGAGAUGGUUAAAAGAGAUAUAUAGGUGAUAGAAUGAAUAGGACUUGGUGGUUGGUUGGAUUUAGAAAGAGGAGUCAAAAAUAACUCCUUAGUUUCUGGCUUGAGAAAAUGGGUGGAGGGAAGCACCAUUUAUUGAGGCAGGAAACAUAGGAGCAGGUUUGAGAGGGAACAUGCUUUCAAUUUGGGAUAUAGGAGGUGUUUAAUCCAGGAAAAAAAGUUUGAAUGUGAGACUCAUAAAGGGCAGAAGUCUAAGUCAGAUAAGAGGAAUUUAGGUCAAACACAAAAAUUGAACCAACAGAUGUCAGUGAGGAGCAAGGCUGUGGGAGACAAGGUUUUUAGAUAAGCAGCACCUGUCCUCACAGAGCAUACAGUGCAGUAAUGGAGGUAGAUGUCUGUUUGGUCAACUCAGUGCAAGGCACAGUGUGAUCAACACUAGAGGAGAAGCUGCAAGCCAAGUACUGGAGGACCGCAGAAAAGAAAAUAGUUUGGCAGUGGCUUUGUGGAGGAGUGAACUUUGAACUGGGCCUUGAAAGGAGAAGGAGAGGAGGGAGAAGGGAGUUUGGGGUUUAUGGAAUAUCAAAAGUAUAGAAACCUGAAAGUAUGUAUUAUAUAUUCAGAAUUCAGUGGGAAUUGGUGUGGCUGGGUCUUAAGAUUCUUAGUAUAUUAUAAUUGCAGAUCAAACUGGGAAAGUUUGGCCCCCAAAUUAGACUUUUUUUUCUUUUUUUUGCAAUGUCGGAUCCUUAACCUACUGAGCAAGGCCAGGGAUGGAACCUGCAUCUUCAUGGAUACUAGUUGGGUUUGUUUCCUGCUGAGCCACAGCAGGAACUCCGAGGGAGACUUUGAGUGCUAUGUUUAAGUGUGUGCCUUAUAGGUGAACAAUUGCUAUGGCAGAGCCAAAAUGUGGAUUCGGUUGUCUAAGUACCAGUUACAUAUUCAGACUUGCAUCCAUUGUGUGUCUAUGCACAGUUUGGCAAAGUCCUAACAUAUUCCGUCAUCACAUAUCUAAGUAGAUACAGUGCUCUCACCUAUAUUCUCAUAAGUGACUCUGACUCUCUCUGAUCAAAUGUGAAGACUGACACCUGCAGAACAACUUGGGCCCUUCUGAGUUUUUAUUAAGAUUGAAAUAAUUCGGAGUUCCUGCUGUGGAGCAGUGGGUUAAGAAUCUGAGUACAGUGACUCUUGGUCGUUGUGGAGGUGCAGGUUUGAUCCCUGGCCCAGCACAGUGGGUUAAAGUAUCUGAUGGUGUUGCCGCAACUGUGGUUUAGGUCCCUGACUUGGGAAUGUCUUGGGUGUGGCCAUAUUUUUAAAAAAUCAAGAUUAUUCUUUGAGUUACUUUAGAGUCAAGGAGUUUGUGGUUCCCCAGCAGCUCUCCAAAGGAGAUGUUAGGAAAGAUCAUAUCUCCAUUCAGUCUAAGACAAAGGGAUAUUAAGACAUUCCUGGAGGUCACACAAUUGGAUUCAGUUAUUAAACAACCACACAAUGCAAAUCAUCUUUCUCUUCCCAUACAACUUAGUUUAGUCGGCGGAUACUUAUUAAGUACGUCACUCACAAAGGACAGAGCACUUGAUAGAGUGUAAGGGCUAGUUCCAAAAAAAGUAAUGAUUCUCACUUUCUAGGAGCUUGCUGUUUGGGAUGGAACUAGUGGUGUGCUGUAAACUAGCUCUCUAGAAGAAAAAAAUACUCUGAUUGGUAGUGCUUGCCAGUUUCUGUGGUGUGUAUACUCACAGCAUCACUGAUUUCAAGCUACCAACUUGAUGUCACUAAACUCGGAGUUGGGAAGAGGUGUGCACAGUUGUUUCUUAGGAGCUGGUAAGAGCUGGCUCUGGCACACCACUGGGUGAAUCACACUAAGAAAACCUACAGUAGGAAGUGAGUGCUAAGGCAUUUCUGGAAAGAUCAGAGUCUACGUCAACACCUUUUCCCUCUCACAGUUCCCUUCUUUUCAGAGGACCGUGGUCUCCAGGGUGCCUCUGGAAUUAAUAGUUAUUAUCUUGGUGUUCCUUUCCUGUGGUUGCCGUGUUUUCAAACCAGACAAAGUUACUGGUACUUCUUGUUUCUGACAGCAGCCCCAACUAUCUGACUUCAUGUGAAAGAUGGCUAAUGCGGAAGUGAGCGUCCCAGUGGGGGAUGUGGUUGUGGUACCCACCGAAGGAAAUGAAGGGGAGAACCCCGAAGACACUAAAACCCAAGUAAUCUUGCAGUUACAGCCUGUGCAACAAGGUUUGUUUAUCGAUGGACACUUUUACAACAGGAUUUAUGAAGCUGGGUCCGAGAACAACACAGCAGUUGUGGCAGUAGAAACUCACACGAUACACAAAAUUGAAGAAGGGAUUGAUGCAAGCACUAUAGAAGCAAAUGAGGACAUGGAAAUUGCUUACCCUAUAACUUGUGGUGAGAGCAAAGCCAUUCUCCUUUGGAAGAAGUUUGUAUGUCCAGGAAUAAAUGUAAAAUGUGUCAAGUUCAAUGAUCAGUUGAUCAGCCCCAAGCAUUUUGUUCAUCUGGCUGGCAAAUCCACCCUGAAGGACUGGAAGAGAGCUAUUCGUCUGGGUGGAAUCAUGCUCAGGAAAAUGAUGGACUCCGGACAGAUUGAUUUUUACCAACAUGACAAGGUUUGCUCCAAUACCUGCAGAAGCACCAAAUUUGAUCUUCUGAUCAGCAGUGCAAGAGCCCCAGUGCCAGGACAGCAGACAAGUGUGGUGCAGACACCCACUUCGGCCGAUGGUAGCAUCACACAGAUUGCUAUCUCAGAAGAGAGCAUGGAAGAGGCUGGGCUGGAAUGGAACUCUGCUCUCACUGCUGCUGUCACCAUGGCCACAGAGGAAGGCGUGAAGAAAGACUCCGAGGAAAUUUCAGAGGACACUUUGAUGUUCUGGAAAGGAAUUGCUGACGUAGGACUGAUGGAAGAGGUUGUCUGCAAUAUACAGAAGGAAAUAGAGGAGCUACUCAGGGGAGUUCAGCAGCGGCUUAUCCAGGCUCCCUUCCAGGUCACAGAUGCUGCUGUUCUCAACAAUGUAGCACAUACAUUUGGCCUAAUGGACACGGUCAAGAAGGUUUUAGACAACAGAAGGAACCAAGUAGAGCAGGGAGAAGAGCAGUUUCUCUAUACUCUGACAGACUUGGAACGCCAGUUGGAAGAGCAGAAGAAGCAAGCUCAGGAUCACAGGCUGAAAUCCCAGACAGUUCAAAAUGUGGUACUGAUGCCUGUGAGCACUCCUAAGCCUCCAAAAAGGCCCCGGCUCCAGCGGCCAGCCUCCACCACCGUCCUGAGCCCUUCUCCUCCUGUGCAGCAGCCUCAAUUCACAGUCAUCUCACCCAUUACCAUUACCCCAGUGGGUCAGUCAUUUUCCAUGAGCAAUAUUCCAGUGGCCACCCUCAGCCAGGGCUCCAGUCCUGUGACUGUCCACACACUGCCUUCUGGUCCUCAGCUCUUCCGUUAUGCCACAGUGGUCUCCUCUGCCAAGAGCAGCUCACCAGACACAGUGACCAUCCACCCUUCAUCUAGCUUGGCGCUGCUGAGCUCCACCGCCAUGCAGGAUGGGAGUACCCUGGGCAACAUGACCACCAUGGUGAGCCCUGUGGAGCUGGUGGCCAUGGAGUCGGGCCUGACCUCGGCAAUCCAGGCUGUUGAAAGCACCUCAGAGGAUGGGCAGACCAUCAUUGAGAUUGACCCAGCCCCAGACCCAGAGGCUGAGGACACUGAGGGCAAAGCAGUCAUUUUGGAGACAGAGUUGAGGACUGAGGAGAAAGUUGUGGCUGAGAUGGAAGAACACCAGCAUCAAGUCCACAAUGUGGAGAUUGUGGUCUUAGAGGAUUAACUGGGGAUUUUGGGGCCAGGAGAUGUUUUGGUUUGGAAUUUUAAUUAUUUGUUUAUUUUUAUCAUUGUCCCACUCAUUUCCACGUAGGAUCCUUUUUUAAAAAACAAAAUCUUGUUGUUUAACUAAACAUGUUGGGUCCCUUCCACCUCCUCAUCGAGAAUGGACAAAAAUAAGCUGCCCUUCUGGAAGUUGAGAGUAGGUCACUCAGUGUCCCAAUCCUCUUAUACCAAGAGAGUGAUUUCUUUCAGGAGAGGCAUCAAGAUAACUAGUAAUCCCAUCCAGAAAGCCUUCCCAGGCUAGUCUGUCUGUGUAUGCAUGUGGUUUUAUUCUCAUAAAGAUGCAUUAACCAAACUCUGGAAUACAGAUCUGACACUGAAAAGCAACCCACUUACAUGUGGAUGCAGAAGGAUACUUUAUUUUGUAUCCUGGAAAGGGCCCUCAAAGGCCAAAGCAAAACUCUGAAACAAAAGUAAGUUGAAUUCUGCUUGCUGGGGAAGGUAGCAUACCAGCAGCAGCUUGAAAAGGGAAUUACUUUGGCCAGGAUGGGACAAGGAAAUUAUCUUAUUUCCAGAAGUGUAACUCAUGUCUCUUGAUAACUCUGAGGGUUACCACAAUGGGGCCAUUUUGAGGCAAGUCCAAUGAUAAGCGGAAGGGUACAUUGCCAUGGAGCAAGUGGCAUCAGGGCCCUGUGGCUUGGCAGAAAUAGAAAUCCAGAGAUGUCACGCUCUGCUUUUGGAUUCAGGCUCACCUUGCCCCCAACUUUGUCAAAGCACUUAGCCUCCUAAACUAGGAUCAGUCCAUUCAUUUGCAAACUGUGUAAUGUGGUAUAAACUGCUCUAGCUCUUGGACUGUGACUAUCCUGGGGUGGGGCUCCAAGGCCAUCAUUUUUAUUGCAUGACUUCAGGAGCAGAGGAGUUCUUUAUCCAGACCAGCUGCCCUUUUUGGUGGGGCCCUUUUUUGGCUUUGGAACCAAAAUCAGCCACUCAUUUGGUGCUUCCUCUUGUUCUUCCCUCCAUCCCUCAAUGGUUAAUGGCAUCUGUCUCCUGGAUCCUAUGCUCUUCAGCUUUUUGGCUGUUUCAGAGAAUGGUGACAGGUGCCUGCCUGCCUUCAUCCCCUUUUAGAUUCAUUUAUAUCAUUUAUACCACAGAUGUUUCUGUGAGAUAUGAGCUCAUUAAAAACUCUUAGGUUUGGCAGGGAAGACUCAACAUCCCAGCUUAUCCUGAGGUACCAAGUAGAUGUCUCCUCCUGAGUGAGCUGGACUCCCUGGGAAAGAAGCGUUGUCUGAAACAUUAUAUUAUAGGAAAUGUACCAGGAAAGUCAAUAAUAAUGUCUUUAGGGGUGGGGUUACUUUAUUUUCUUCCUCGUCUUCUUCUUUUUUUUUUUUUUUUAAUGUUUUUGUAUAUUUAGAGCUGGGCCCAUUUUCUGUGCUAUGAUUCCUUCUCUUUGACCAUCUUCAGUGUUUGGGGCAAGAAUGGACCCUGGUUUUUAUUUCUUUGAUUGCAUUGUUUAUUGCACUAGGAAAAAUAUAGAGAAACUACAAACAAUUUAAAAGAGAAAUAGGUCAUAAAAAGAAAGCACACACCUUAGGAGUGGGAGGGUUUUUUUUUUUUUAAUUAAAAACAAAACUUUGACCUGUAGUUUCCUUUUUUUUUUUUUUUAAAGAAAGACACCCUCCUAAAGCCAUGUUUCUUCCAACAAAUGUUGGGAACGUGUUAAGCAAGUGAAAACUGCUUAUAGCUAGAGGAGCCCUCUAACUUGGGAGGGUCAAUUUUAAAAGCCUUAAGGGUGAGAUUUCUGAACCCCAUUUAGUUGUGGUUUUCAGCUUUAAAAUUGUCUGGGGUUUUAUUUUUCUUUUCAAAAUAUUUAAUAGACAUAGCAGUCAGCCUAGAACAAACCUUUGGCCCAUUAUAUAGCUUUAGUGAGGGAAGUGGCUUUUAUUUCUUGCUUCUUUAGGUUUUUGUUGGUACAUAAGCAAAAACAAAAUUUCUGCCUAGGGCUAAAAGUGCUACUUGAACCUAGAAAGGCACGUCAUCCCUAUUGUGGUUUUUAGGGACACUUAUCUUUCCCAGAGACAAGAGGCUCAAUUCAGGACAGAGGAGGAGCUCUGCAGAAAACCUACACACACUUGAUCAGGUUCCUUCCUUUCUUCCAUCAGAGAUGUUAGUAGUAUUUUAAAGCAGUGUGAGCAUCAUGCUUCCAAAGUCAAGAGGUCGUCUCCUAAAGAAAGAGCCUGUUUACUUUCACUAUCUGAAUAUUCCAGCUGGUGGAAAUACAUGAGCUUUGUUGUGUUCCUGGUCUUCCAAUAGCCUGUCAUUAUUGUUAGCUGUUAUGCACCCGUUGUUGAGUGUGGGUUCCCUUAUAGCCCUAAUCUAGAUGAUCUCAGACAGGGUGAGACACAUGCAAGCCGCUGGUAUGUGCACAAGCAGUUGCAAUGAAUCAUUCCUCAGGCUGAGAUGGCAGUGGCCAUCUAUCUUUCUGUUCAUUCAUUAAAUAAACAUUUAUAAGUACCA